CCCGCUCGCCCGCCGCCUUCCUCCCUCUGCCUUCCUUCCCCACGGCCGGCCGCCUCCUCGCCCUCCCGCCCGCAGCCCAGGAGCCGAGGCCGCCGCGGCGGCGGCGGCGCCCUCAGCCAUGGCCUCGGGCGACACCCUCUACAUCGCCACGGACGGCUCGGAGAUGCCGGCCGAGAUCGUGGAGCUGCACGAGAUCGAGGUGGAGACCAUCCCGGUGGAGACGAUCGAGACCACGGUGGUGGGCGAGGAGGAGGAGGAGGACGACGACGACGAGGAUGGCGGCGGCGGCGACCACGGCGGCGGGGGCGGCCACGGGCACGCCGGCCACCACCACCACCAUCACCACCACCACCCGCCCAUGAUCGCGCUGCAGCCGCUGGUCACCGACGACCCGACCCAGGUGCACCACCACCAGGAGGUGAUCCUGGUGCAGACGCGCGAGGAGGUGGUGGGCGGCGACGACUCGGACGGGCUGCGCGCCGAGGACGGCUUCGAGGACCAGAUCCUCAUCCCGGUGCCCGCGCCGGCCGGCGGCGACGACGACUACAUCGAGCAGACGCUGGUCACCGUGGCGGCGGCCGGCAAGAGCGGCGGCGGCGGCUCGUCGUCGUCGGGCGGCGGCCGCGUCAAGAAGGGCGGCGGCAAGAAGAGCGGCAAGAAGAGUUACCUGGGCGGCGGGGCCGGCGCGGCGGGCGGCGGCGGAGCCGACCCGGGCAACAAGAAGUGGGAGCAGAAGCAGGUGCAGAUCAAGACCCUGGAGGGCGAGUUCUCGGUCACCAUGUGGUCCUCAGAUGAAAAAAAAGAUAUUGACCAUGAGACAGUGGUUGAAGAACAGAUCAUUGGAGAGAACUCGCCUCCUGAUUAUUCAGAGUAUAUGACAGGAAAGAAACUCCCUCCUGGAGGAAUCCCUGGCAUUGACCUCUCAGAUCCAAAACAGCUGGCAGAAUUUGCUAGGAAAAUAUCUGAAUUCAUUCUGAGUGAGAAGAAAACUGCCCUUCAGCAAUCUCAGCUGGCCACGCCCAAGAAUGAACUUGGCCAUGAACUCAACUUGUGGUUCAGCCCCAGCUGGGAAAUGGAAGAAGAGCCCAGAAGGAAGUCGGCUAGGUGGGUGGGAAGCAGCUGCCCUCCCAGGUGUCUGGAGAACUUGCCUGCUAUCUUCUUCUAAAGCCCCUGGGAUGCCCUCAGAUUCGUUCCUGAGGUUGUAACGCUGCAGCCUCUUUCCAACAUCUGUGCCUCCAUGAGGGCCUGAGAACCAAGAGUGACAGAGACUCACCUUGACGGUGUCAAAUGGGUGUCCCACAAGCACGCCUGCCACACCUGGAAGAAGAAACGUGUACUUGUGAGCAAAUGCCCCAGAACCUUGGGGAGGGGGUCUGGCAAGGAGAACUGGGCAGUAGCUGCUGGGAGGAAGGGGACACUGACUGUGUGCCCGUGGGGCUCCAGGCACACCCUGUGAGCUCCUGCCAUCCUGUCUGGUGGUGUGUGUGGGGUGGGGUUCCCAAGGCCAAACCUGCAUCUUCCAGCUGGAGGCUAGAGUCCCUUUCCUUGCCCCACACUGCAGUUGAGGGGUCUGGGCAGCAGACCAGAGCUGCCCUGAGGCUACCCACGGUGUUUCUAGGAUGUCCACUGCCCUAUAUACCUCUGGCUUGGGCAGCUCACUCCAGGGAUGCUGGAAUUUGGGGUCAGCCUGUGACCCAGACUUGAACUUUCCCUCUGCUACUUAGCAGGCACAUCCACCAAGGACUCAGUGUCUGGGCCUCACUCUCCUCACCUGAGCAGGUGAUGAGCAUGUGUCUCCCUGAGGGCCAUCACAGAGAUUAAGUGAUCAAACAGGGGGACAGGCCCCGGAACUGUCUGCAGUGAAGUAGGUGUAACUGACACCUCUGCUCUUUCCCUGAGUGGGAGCCACCUCAAGCCUAGGGAGGCAUCUUGUGACUUUGUGGUCAUGCUUGGUUACAUAUUAGUUCAGGGCCUGCCAAAAAUUCAGCCCCACUAUAAGGAUAAAGUUCACCCCUCCAACACGGCUCAGAAACACUGCUCCAGUCCAAAUCUCAACAUCACUCCUGAAUCUCAACAUGACUACCGCAACAGCCUGGUUACCCCAUUUCACAGGAGAAACUGAGGCUCGUCAAGGUCAAACAACUGAUGCCAACUCUCACACUUCCCUAGAACCUUGUGUGUAAACCUGGGGCUGGGGUUGUGGCUCAGCGGUAGAGCGCUCGCCUAGCAUGUGUAAGGCCCUGGGUUCAAUCCUCAGCACCACAUAAAAAUAAAUAAAUAAAAGUAUUGUGUCCAACUAAACUUUAAAAAAAAAAAAACCCUGCAAGAAGCCCUGAGUUCCAUCUCAGCACAACAAGGUGGGGUGGGGGAAGCAUGUGCUUUGUUGCUAAUAGUGUAUUUGUAUCAUUAAGAGUCAACACCAGGGGCUGGGGUUGUGGCUCAGCGGCACAGCGCUCACCUAGCACUUGUGAGGCCCUGGGUUAGAUCCUCGGCACCACAUAUAAAUAAAGUUAUUGUGUGCAACUACAAUUAAAAAAAUAAACGGGCUGGAGCUGUGGCUCAGUGGCAGAGCGCUCGCCUAGCAUGUGUGAGGCACUGGGUUUGAUCCUCAGCACCACAUAUAAAUAAAUAAAUAAAUAAAGGAUCUACAUCAACAACUAAAAAAAAUUUAAAAAAAAUAAACAAACAUCUUUAAAUAAAUAAAUAAGAGAGUUGACACUGGCCCAGCAUGAUGUCACAUGCCUGUAAUCCCAGCAACUCAGGCAGGAGGCAGGAAGACCGCAACUUAGUGAGACCCUGUCUCAAAAUAAUAAAUAAAAAGGGCUGAGGAUGUAGCUCAGUGGUAGAGUACCCCUGGGUUCAGUACUGCCAAAAAAGGGGCUAACAUUUGGUAAAUAACAAACAGUAACAUUCGAUCUCCUAGUAACGCUUCUUAAUAUGUUCAUAUUCUAAUUUUUCCACUCCCAUUCCUGAUAAAGGACAAUUAAGCCAUUUUAUAGAUGAAAAAUCUGAGGCACAGAGAAUGUUCGUGGCACAGAGCGAGUGAGUGAUGAACCAGAAUUCAAACCUGGACCCUCUGGCCCUGGGGCCUCCUCCCCAAUGCUGACCUGCUGUCUCCAGAGAGCUGGCCAUAUAUUGUUUUUUUUGGUAGAGGCUCUUAACCACUGAACCAUGUACCCAGCCCUAUUUUGUAUUUUAGAGACAGGGUCUCACUGAGUUGUUUAAAGCCUUGCUAAGUUGCCGAGACUGGCUUUAAACUUGCAAUCCUCCUGCCUCAGCCUCCUGAGCUGCUGGGAUUAUGGGUGUGCACCACCAUGCCCAGCAGGAGAGCUGGCCAUUUUGCCAGCUGAUGCCCGAAGGUUAAUGGAGCCACUACAUAUCUACUUCUCAAAGUGUGCUUUAUCUUGACAUGAUGUCCUCUUCUUCGGUUCCAUGCUGUGGUCCUCAGGGUGCUUCUGGUACUACCCUGCCAGGCCUGCUUCCUAUUUGGCCUGGUAGAGUUUUGUCCAGCUCUUAACUCUGAACCUCUUCUUGCUACUGUUUUAGAUGUUUCUUAUAAACAACCUGUAACUGGACCACUUCCCAACCCAAUCUGAAGCCGUCUCAGAUUUCAUCAAAACAACUGAAAGAUCCACAUUAUGCCAUCUUAUUUUAUGCAAAUGGUUUAUUUUACUUCUUUUCCUUUUCUGAACCAUUUUUGCAAGUUUGAGAAAUUACUAUUUAUUCUGGUUUUUUAAAUUUUAUUUUAAGAGAGAGAGAAAAAAUUUUUAUUAUUUUAUUUUUUAGUUUUCGGUGGACACAUCUUUAUUUUAUUUUUAUGUGGUACUGAGGAUUGAAACCAGCGCCAUGCGCAUGCCAGGCAAGUGUGCUACCGCUUGAGCCACGUCCCCAGCCCUUUAAUUUUUUUAUAGUAGAUGGACACAAUACCUUUUUAUUUUUAUGUGGUGCUGAGGAUCAAACCCUGUGCCUCACAUGUGCUAGGCAAGCACUCUACCACUGAGCUCCAGCCCUAGCCCCUGUUCUAUUUUUAAUGUUCUGUGCGACUGGGGAUGGAACCCAGAGCCUCGCACGGCUGAACUAGUGUACUUGCACUACCACAGAGCUACAUCUCCAGUCCUGUCCUGUUUAUCCUCUUCCUUUUUUUAAUUUCUAAGUCCAACAGAGGGUUUAUUUUUACAUCUAACACUUCUAAUCAUUACAGAGAACAAGGCAAGCACCCACCACCCCAAGGCUCUCUGUGCCCCUUUCAGCCCCACCCUGCCACCUUCCACUGACGAGAGCCUGUAAACCAGGGAGCCUCACAGUUCCCUGCAUUCUCUCUCCUCCUGUUUUGGUUUCUGCUCCAAUCACCUGCCGUUCUGCUAGAGCCUUUCUUGGUUACUUCUCCCAGAUAAAACACACAGGGAAAAUGCCCUCUGAACUCCUCUUUGUGGCCCUGGGGAUGGAACCGGGGCCUUGCCAGGCUAGGCAAGUGCUCUACCACUGAGCUCCAGCUCCAGCCCCUCUGAAUUCUUGCUCAUUUGCAAGAUACAUUUCUUGACACUAUGCUCUGGUGAAGACUUCUGGGUGCAGGCAGUAAGGGUUCCCUUCACCUUCAGGCCUUCAGUGCUGUAGGUGAGAGAUCUGUUGCCAGUGUGUUUCUUUGUCACAAACUAUUUACCUCUGCAAUCAUUUUUUAAAAUGUUUUUUUUAGUUACCAAUGGACUUUUAUUUUAUUUAUUUAUUUGUGGUGCUGAGAAUCAAACCCAAGGCCUCAUGUGCUAGCCAAAUACUCUACCACUGAGCCCACCUCUGCAAUCUUCUCUGCAUAUCAGGGGAAUGUCAGCAGGCGAUGCCAAGGCUGAGUCUCCUUUAGAACCCAUCUGGAACUCCACCCACCCUUUCACUAUAGAUUUUCCCCACGCAGGGAAAAUCUCCACUAUUAUUUAUCUAUCAUGUCCAUCAUUUCCAGACCUGCUCCUUUCCUCCUUCUGGAGCCCCCAACAUUCCACCAAACUCUUCCCGCCUGACUUUCAUCUGUUUCUGGUCCUUCGGGCAUUCUUUUUUCUUCUGUGAGAUCUGCCCCCCCCCCCUCCGCCCCCAGUACUGAGGAUGGAAUCCAGGCCCUCAUCCAGGUUAGGCAAAGGCUCUAGCGCUGGGCCACAUCCCCAGCCCCCUGCUUUUUUUUUUUCUUUCAUUUUUUAUUUUAAGACAGGAUCAUGCUAAGUUGCCCAGGCUGGCCUCGAACUUGCAAUCCUUCUGCCUCUGCCUCCCAAAUAGUUGAGAUGACGGUGAGGGCCCCACCCCAGCUAGAGCCACUCUCUUUUUCACUUCAUGCUCUGAAUCUCUGUUUUGGGGGGAUUGCUUUUUUACUGUAUUUACUUGUUUAUUUUUUGGAUGCUGAUCUAUCCCAGGUCUGCACACAUGCUAAGCAAGUUCUCUAUCACUGAGCUACAAUCCCAGCCCCUGCUGUGAAUUUUCAGAAUUUAUAAAUCCUAGUACCAGAAGCUGUUCACGUGGGCUGUACCUGGAAACCUAGUCUCCUGUAGGUGCCACUUGACCUUCCUGUCCCUCUAGCUGGACCCAGCAGUGGGGUUCCUUUCCUGUGGGUAGCUGGUCAUGCCUCUGACCCCAGACUUACCCAGAUGCCAGCAACAGCCUUAGUCACCUCUGGGAUGGGGUGAAGAGGGCAGGUUGCUACCUCUGAUGAGAGGCCCUAGCUCUAAGCACUGGCACCCCAUUCCUACUUUCUCCUCUUACCUGCCUGCAUGUCCUUAGUUGUGAGGGCUGGACCUCUCACCAGAACCUCCCCCAAUGGGAAGAGCGUGGAAGGUGGGGUCUGUCUCCAACAGGGUCUCGGGUCUUACCCUUUUCACCUCACAGUCCCCUUGAGAGCCAGGAAGCCCUGCCUCACCACUUCCCUUGACAGCCCCCC